AUGCGUUCAAAGGUGUUUGGGAGGAAUCUGGCCUCCAUGUAUGUGCGUCCUCCUGUGACGUGCUACACCGACGCCUGUGAGUCCCCGGUGGCGAUGUGGAACGGCGCAAUUCCUCUUGAGGAGGUCCGCACAAUGCAAAAAGGUGUGCCUGUGCGCUCCGUUGUGAAAACAUAUUCUCACCCUCCGGAGAUUUCCCCAACUCGGCUCACGUUUAAUGACAUCAACUCCAUGUAUUGUAUUGGCAACGAUGAACUGAUGCAGUUCUUUCCAGAGGGUUUAGGAGGAAAGGUGAUGCAGAUGAUGCCCCCGGGGCAUCCGAGAGGCUUUCUGUAUCGCAAAGAGGCGCACUUACUUAAUGUUUUCAUUGAUAAGAUACAGUACUGGGAGACGAAACGUUCCGUGUUGAGUUCCCUUACAAACAACAGGCCGGGCUUUAUCGUCGACGGACCAACGGGAUGCGGGAAAAGUGCGCUCAUGUGCCAAGUGGUGCAUGCUGCCCGUUGUAGAAAUCUACUGACGCUGUACGUACCGGAUUCAAAGGCGUGGACUCACGGGGAGUGGUGUUGGCCUAGCACCAUCCUGCCCGGAUUCUUCGAUGCACCAGACGCGGCACGCUCCUUUCUGCAGUAUUUUGCAGCUUCCAACCGCGGUGUGCUUGCAUCGUGGCGACUCAAGUGCACCCCCAAAGACCUGCCGGUGGAGCAAGGGGAGCGACAGCCGCAGAAUUUGUAUGAACUGUGUGAGUGGGGUUAUCGUGCCGUGGCACCGGCCUCCAUCGACCGCCAAAGUGUAUGCAUUAAGUUCCUCAUGGACGAGCUAAGCGAAGAAAAAAAACUUCCUAUUGUGAUUGUUGUUGACGGGUGGAAUCUUUUCUCACAUGACACGCACUUCCGCUACCCACAUCCCGACUUUCUCCGCACAAUUGCUUCCCUGAACGAUGGCUCAACAGACGUUGAUCUUUAUCCGCAAGAGCUACCACGUAUUCCAGCUUCCCGCCUUGGCUUCGUCCGUGGCCUGAACAGAAUGAUUCUCUCAAAGGACGAGCCGAAUAAAUUCUUCAUCACCUGCACCACAAGGGAUUUUAAGCCAUUUGAUGGUGUUAGUGGGUUUCCAGACGUUGAAACCGACCGCUUCGCGAACAGUCUAGAUGAGUACGCGCCGUAUAAUGCGGAGAAGGACUCACUGUUUCACCCGAUUCAACUUGGAAACUUUGAUGAGUACGAAUUCCGAGCCUUUACGCGAUUCCUCGUGAAUUCUGGUGAGCUGGCAGGACUUGGCUGGGGUCCGCUCUGGCACUCCUCGAGCGAUUUUGAGCGAAAAUUGUACAAGAUAGGAUUUCUCUCAGACCGAAACCCACAAGGGGUGGUUGAUCAUUACCAUCAGGAAUUAGUGUGGCGCUAUGAGUAUAAGAGAACACGCCAGAAGCAGUACCUCCUGCACCGCAAUAUGGAAUUGGCAGCACGCAUGCGGUCAAAUAGUAAAAGUCGGUAA